AUGGAGGUGCUGUGGGGAAAAGGCGCACAUCCCGCUGCGGUGCCGGCGCGGUCCGAACGCUCUACUGCUGUGGCCUGGGCCGGCGGGAACCUCUGCGGGCCGGGACCCGGGGCAGCCGGAGCGCUCCGCACGGUGCCGGCGCGGCAGAGGCUGCCGCAGCCUCUUCGGUUCCUUUUCGCCGCGACCCGGAGCUCCGCUCCCCCGGAGGCGGAGCCGCCGCAGGUGAUGGGACUCCCAGGCCUCCUGGCUUUGUUUUCUUCCCAGCGGAAGAACCCAGUUCUCGUGAAUGUGCUGAUAGUUUCUUCCAUAAUCUCUUCUGUUGCCAUCCUCAUCAUAAUAGUUUAUAGCUCACUCACACUGAGCUAUGGGGAAGAGGAGGAGCUGAGUUCUGCCCUAGUCCAUGUUAUCCAUACUAAGUUCAUACUUAAUAAAGUAGUCAAGGGUGCUAACAUAGCCAUGCUAGCUGCAUCUGUCUGCAGUGCUUUUGUUGUGCUGGUGAUGGCUUACUUGGGAUGCCGGAGUCUUCCACGCUGCUCGUGCUACGACAGUGUAACUGGGAUGGAAUGGUUGCAACCUAGUGAGGACCAAAAUCAGACUGUGGAAAUGAUUUGUGCUGCACAAAGCCCUGGGGGCAGAAUUUUUAACUUCCCAGAUCAGUUUCCAGCCCAGGACUUAGAUACAGAGGAAGAUGCAUCCAAACCUCCACCGUAUAUCAGAAUGGCUUGAAAGAGUGGCUGAACAUUUUAAAGCUACCAGUCUAAGCGUGGCAAGACAGGUACAAGGAGGUUUUCAUCUUUAAAGAUGGUUAUGCACUUUUCCUUGGCCUUCUGUAAAACCCACACAGAAAGAGAGAACUAUUGAAUGAUCGAUGUUCAGCAAAGAUCACAAAUGGGAAGAUCUGCAGAUGGUUUUGGACAGUCAGACUUUGUAUAGUUAAAAUACCUCAUUGGCUCUUGAAAGCGUGAGCAUUUAUUCCUCCAACUUUUGUAUUUAAAUCAUGUUUUAUUCCACUAGAAUUCAUCGUGCAAUUUGUCUAGCAGUGCUAGCCUCAGGCAUUCAAAUAUUAAAUACAAGUAAUUUUUAAAAGAAA